CUUAAUCCCUUCUUAACUUUCCAUCUGCCGCUGGUCUCCUUGCCCAGUCCCCGGGCCCGGCGCUCAGCAGCCGAGGCUGCAGCACUCUCCCCGGGGAGCGGGAAGGCGGGGAAGGGGGAUCGGAGGGGGCGGAGCUCGGCUUCCUGCCGCCGCCGCCGCCGCCACUGCUUUGCUGCUGCUGCUGCCACCGCCGUCGCCUGCAAAGCCGCCGCCUCUCUGUCCGACGCUCCAGCCGGGCAGAUGCGCGCACCGACCAGACCCACUGUCGGUCCGGCAAGUGAACGCCCACCCACCUCCACAUUGGCUCCGCGCCGGGCGCCGGCGGCGGCCCCGCUUGCGGGGCGGUCCCCUAGGUCUCCGCCCGGCAGCUGUGCGCCGCCCCAGCUCUUUGCAUAGUAAUUUCAGUUCCUGAACACUCGGAGCUGGCUCCGGGACUGCGCUGACGAGGACUGCAGCUCGCCGGCCGCGGGUGCCACCGGUGUGGAACCGAGAGCCGGCGCCUGGGAUGUGCGACGGGCAGCCCCAGCCUCAGCGCAGGCAGCAGCCCCGCCGCGACGCGGAGAGCCGGGCGAGAGCAGGCUGGCUCUGCAGAUGAAUCAGCUCUGACGGUGUCUCACUCUGGGCAGCCCCUGCCGCCCCACUCAAGGGACAGCUCUGCAGUGUUCCUGAAGAGAAAUUCCAUGGGGACGGUACCCAACCCUCUGAGAGCAGCUAAAACCUCCCUGAUUGCAGCUUCUGGAAAAGAAGAGGCUCUGGGAGAGCUGCGGGCGUCCUCACCCCGGCUCCGACCGGCUCUCUUGUGUAAGAAUGCCAAUGGCUUUUCAGGGGCCCCUGCAGAAGCAGACCUCAGCCCCGGGGAAGCUGCUGAGGCCCUGAUGCAGGCUUGCGAGCAUGAGACCACCCAGCCAGACAUGUCUUCCCCUGGGGUCUUCAAUGAAGUGGAGAAAGCUACUCCUCCACUCAACUCUCCCGGCAGCCCCCAGCUGCCAGGGAGCAGCCAGCCUCCCGCAGCAGCCCCAGGUUCCGCAGCAGGAAAAGCACCAUUUACAACGCCAGCCGAUCGGCACACCCCCCAGGCUGGCGCGGGCCACUGGUCCAGUACCAGCCCCUCUUCGGUACCUGGAGAUUUCCUGGUGAAAUCACGGAGAACCUCAAAUGAAGAACAACCUGAGAAGCCAAGUUGUCCUGCAGGAGACACCUGGCGUGGCAGCAAAGAUCACAUGUCCUGUGAGUUUCCUUCUCAAAAUGCAGUCCAGGGAACACUGCAGGCUUCGAAUACAGCAGCGGGGGUGUCCACUCAUUCACCCUCUACGGUAAGUGGCCCUGAAGGCGAGAGGCAGCCAGCCGCCUGUGACUCCGACGCUAGGCCCUGCGAACCUCCUGCAGGAGAUGGAUGCUCUGAGAACAAGCAGCCCUCUCUCAUCACCUCUGACCCCCAAGAUACAACUUCUGUGACACCUGAAACACUCCCUCUCACUAGUGAAGGCUCAGCAUGUCCUCCAGAUCCAGAGAAGAAGGCGCUGCCAGCCCAACAGCAGAUGUCAAGGUUCAGAGAAGCCAGCACGAUGACAGGCCACGCUGACCGUGAGACCAAGGAGGCUCCCAGCAGGGCCCGGCAAGACGCCGAGGUGCAGGCAGUAGCCAGCGUGGAGAGCAGGUCCGUCUCCACCAGCCCCAGCAUCCUCACUGCAUUCUUAAAGGCAAGCCCUGCUCCUCAGCACUCGGAACAGGAGCAGCUGAGUGUGACCUGCCACGGCAAUGGCAGCAGGGGCCACAUGUUGGAGCUCUCCGAGGGCACACAAGUCCCUUGGGAGUCUGGUCAGUGCUCUGGCAUCAUGCCCCAGGUGCACAUUCAGACAGCUGCAGCUGUCUCCACAGCUUUCCAGGGGGGCAGAGAACCAGAGACCCCACCAGGUGAGGCCCUCGAAACCUUGUCAAUCAAUGUGGCCUCCAGGAAUGCCCAGGAUAUGUGUAAAGAAGAUGGGAAGUCAGCAGGAAUGACCCCAGCGAGGGAAGAACCAACCGCUAAACAGCUGCCAGAUACUAACUCUAGCCCCCUGAAAGCCAGCGCCACUGACCACAUGUCUACCAGGGCAGGCAGUCAAGCUGGAACAGGGCACGGACUGGGAAAAUCUGACACCAAGCCCUCUGAGUUUGCAGUGCAAACCACAAAUGGCCACAGAACAGACCCUGAUUGCCAACUGUCAGCCUCUUGCAGCCCUGCCAGCAAAGCUGACCAGUCCAGGAGCUUGGAUCCCACUAACACAAGGGAGAAGAAGCCUGCGUCUCCACAGAUAGUAAAAGAACAAGAGUCUACUGGCACUGACACCCUCGAGGCCAAAAUCCCGCUGCUCAAUCCCAAAUCUCAAGAAAGUGGAGGCAUAGCGUCAGCUGCUAGUCCUACGCCCUCCCCGAUUAGAAAGAACCAGGAGAGCUCCUCAGAAGAAAAUAGACAGGCCAAGACAGCCACGAGCCUGAGCCUGCCCUCUGAUUCCCUGGGUGACUCCAGCCCAGGUUCUGGCAAGAGGACCCCUUCUCGCUCUGUCAAAGCCAGCCCGCGCAGGGCCAGCCGGGUCAGCGAGUUCCUCAAGGAGCAGAAGUUAAACGUGACAGCAGCUGCUGCUCAAGUGGGACUCACUCCAGGUGAUAAGAAAAAGCAGCUCAGCUUGGAAUCCAAGCUGCAGCUGAAACAGUCCAAGCGUGUCAAGGAUGUCGUGUGGGAUGAGCAGGGAAUGACCUGGGAAGUGUAUGGUGCAUCCUUGGACCCGGAGUCCCUGGGAAUCGCGAUCCAGAACCAUUUACAAAGACAAAUCAGAGAACACGAGAAAUUAAUCAAAACUCAAAGCAACCAGACCCGGAGAUCCAUUUCCUCAGAUACUUCUUCGAAUAAGAAGCUCAAAGGAAGACAGCAUCGCGUUUUCCAGUCCCUGCUGCAGAACUUCCGGCGUCCCAACUGCUGCGUGCGUCCGGCCCCGUCCUCUGUGUUAGACUGAAAAGGAGCGAGUUUGGAGGUCUGUGUGUGCACUUACGGCAUCCGUCCGUGUGCACCUCUGCCAAGCCUUUGCUUAGUGUUUUUCUGUGAGACCAGCAAGGAAAAGCAAGCAUGAACUAUAGGAAAUUGCUAUUAAAAAUCAUUAGGUCCUUUGGCUGGAGCUCUAAAAAUAAAAAUGUCAUUUCAAUGUGAAAGAAAAAACAAGAGAAGAGAAGCAAGCUCCGUGGAAGGUUUGCAACUUUAAUUAAGUGGAAAUAAUACUCACUGGGUGUUUUUUUCUAUAAAUAUUGGUGUUGCUUAUAGAAAUAGCAUUAACAUUACACGUGAUGUCAUUUUGUAUUACUGCCUCAAUUUCCAUUAAAACCUUUGCUUUCUAUUAAAAGUAGCAAAAACACUAUUAGCAAAAAUACUGUUGUGAUUUCUAUUUCUAUUGCAAUAAGAACGCUGUUAUCACACAAAAUUUAAGUAGGUAAUAAGAACCAUAAAGUAAAGCAUUGAAACAAAAUUGACUCAUUCCUAGGCCAGAUAAUAUAUUAAACAAAAGCACUUAAAGGUGUAAAAUACCUAAUGUGAAUUAAUAUUUGUAAACAUCUGCAGAUAACCUCUUUUAUAAACCUUAUUAUUGUUGUUCAUAAAUCCAAGAAAGUUAUAUUAGGAAAACAAGCUCAGCUUUUGAAUAUAAAUACCACCUACAUCAAACCUGGAUUUAUACAUACAUAUUUUCUUGCAUUGAAGGCAAGGUGUAUCUCUGUGAUUCUGACCAGACAUAAUUCAUUUUUUUUUACCCUAAAGGAAAUACACGAGACUGCAUUGUUGAAAAGAAUCAUUAAGUUAGGAAUAAUGCUAGAUUUUAUGCUCUACAAGUGUUCUCCAGUAAUAUUCUACUAAGAAUAAUAAGGUUCUGGUGAGGAAUUAUAAACAGGAGGUUAUCAAAUAUAGUUUUUUUCUGUACUGAUGAAAGGAAAGCCUCAUGAGUAACAAAAACAAUGCUUCAUUUAGACCCCUGUAAACAGAAUGCAAUUUGCGUUUUUCUUUCAGUUUGGUUCAGUAGUUUCUAAUAGCAGACACGGUCCCACCCAACAGAACACGAGCUUUCUUGCAGGCUUUUGCAUGUAAACUAAUAUCAUCUAAUUAUUUAAGUUUGUAAUCUGGAUUGAAUGGUAACUUCUGCAAACUUUUUGAUUUUUGAGAGAAAUACCAUCAUGUCUCAUUUCAUUUCACUCUUUACACCAGAUAAAAGAAGAGGCCUUUACAAAAACACAGCUUGGGCUUUGGGUGGGAUGUGUCCCUUGAGAGUAUAGGUGCCUGAGUUCAGCCCUCGCCUGCAUGUCCCCAGGACGCAUGAGUGUCCUCCAAUACCCUGGCCUGGGUUGAGCAGUGGUGGCUUGAGUGCCUUGGUAAUGUGGAAAGGGGAAGUGAGCUGGCUCUUGAGAAGUCUUUGUGGUUUCACCGUAGGGAGGGCGCUGGUCUCUAUCUUUUGUUUAGAAAACUAAACUGUUGGAUAUUGGAGGGGCCCUGGUUGCCUUCCUAUGAUGAGCAGAAGAAAGUGUCUGCCCAGGGAUUUUUCUCUCCAGAGACUUAUACAUCCCAUUUGUACAAUCAAGACACAGUAUCUGUUUUGGCUUUUUUUCAUUUUAAUUCUAUCUUACAGAUUCUGAGCACACAGCGGCAGGGGGCGGGGGAGCAGGGGAAUCAUACCUGAACUUGAACAUCUCUAAACUGUACUGGACACAACCUAAAUUACUAAAAAGGCUUUAAUUUCUUUCCCAGCAUUUGGACCAUAGAGGAAGUUGCUUAAGCAGCCCACAGUCACAGCAUUCUCAGAGCCCGAGGAUGGUAAUCGCGGUUGUUAUACUUGGAACUUAGGAACUUUUCAAGAAGACACACUUUUCAGUUUCUUAUCAAUUGGCUUCUAUUAAGAAUAUAAAGUCAAAAUUACUGGCAAAUUACCAAAUUACUAGUGAUGAUUAGAAAUUCAGCAUCAAACUCUCUUUUGACCUUACAUACACCUAUACCCUCAGGCACCUACACUCUCUCUCGUUUGUAGUUGUGCCUGUCACUCCUGUCUCAGGUACCUUUGCCAGGACAUAAUCUCUGUCCUAGCUCUUGCUACCUGGCCAUCCCCCUUGCACACUGAGGUACAUGCAGUGUAUGCUCGGAGUACAGCCUGUGUACACAGCAGCAGCUGUCAACUCUGCUGACUCCAAAUGGGUGGACCCUAGGUAAUCCUCUGCUCUGAAGUGGCUAGAACAGGCUGUUCUUCCAUCAAAAUAGGAGAGAAGAAAGAAUUUAGCAUUCGGUCAUAGUUUUUAUUUUCAUGAGUUUGGAGUAAGCACAUGAUUUAUAAAUAGUUAAAUGAAGCAGAUGCUUAAGGGAGUUGUAGGCAUUUGUUCCACAUUAAAUAAAUUAAAGUUGUUAAAUUUAGUAUUGUAGGGCCUCUUAAAAUAAAAACUUCAGGAGAGAAUGUUCAGUGUAGCAAGUUUAACUGGUUUUCUUAGGUGCUAGAACUGUUAUUUCUAAAACACUCUAAAAAUUGUCACUAACUAUUAUAAAAUCUUGCUUGUUUGGUUGUUUAUUCAGUAGUAUAGAACUAAUAGCUUUCAGAAACAAUAACAGAAAUGUACUAUCAAAUGGGUAAAUGAGAUAGGAACCUACUCAAGACAGCGGUGUCUUAUGAUACCAACCCUAAGUUACAUAAUAAAACUUUAUUUGAAAGUUUUCCUUAACUUCUGUGGCCCAGCUUCAGGCAUUUAUUACUACAUUAUUUGUGACACCUUAGGUUCAUUCAACAAAUGAAGAUGCAAAAUAAUUUUCCUGGCACACUCUUAGGAUUUACUUGGUAAUUCCCUCCUUCGUCUGUAUGGAUAUACGUUGGGUUGAAAGUUGUUUGGAUUUGUCCUUCAUUUCUUUUAGACAUGAUUAGGUCCUUUUCAUGCCAUAGAUUUUGGGAUACGGAAAGAAUAUAUUUAAUUACCUCAAGAAAUAGAAAAUACCUCUGAAACCAGUAGUAAAAGAGAUGAGUUAGAAUUCUACAUCUGGAAAAUAAUUUCAAUAUUUAUAGAGUUAAGAUGCUAGACUCUUAACCAAGUGAAUGCAAAAAUUUUUAAUUUUAAUAUUGAUUGUUCUAUUUUUAUGACCACAGGAAAAAAUGUCACAUCUUCAACUGUCAUGUGCUUACCUUGAGUGCUUUUCUAAUUGUGUCUUUCUGGAUUUUUCAUGCCACAGACCAGCUACUUUACAUCAGUAACAUCUUGAUUAACCUUUGUGUUUUGGGUGAAUGGAGUAAGUGGAACAUUUCAUUAAGCCAAUGUUAACCAGAAAGCUUUUUCUUUGCAUCUGAAAUGAAAUAUUUGGAACAUGUAUUAGUAUGAUUUCUUACCUUGACAAGUUUAGCUAUAUUAAAUGUAAUUUGAUCCUUGAUGAUUCUUUAAUCUUGAGAAUUGUCUGAUAUUAUUUUGCAUACCAGUCUUCUCCAUGUUGUAGAUUAAAUAUCCAAAUUGGAAUAAAUUGGACUGAAUAUGCAUGGGUGACAUAUACCCUGGAGGCUGGAUUUUGGCACCAAAUCCUUAAAAGGAGCUCACUAUCUCAAAGCAGAAAGCAGAAGAGAAAAAAAUGGCCUUUGGAAGUAUCCCUGAGUACUGACGUUUCACUGUUCCUCUUUAUACAAAUGUUAUUCCUCUAAUUCCUGGGGAUCUCUGCCAUUCUGGGAAUACCUGUACAUAGUACAAUGUGACUUUAAAAUUUGUUUGCAGAGAAUGUGUACACGUGUGCUGUUAAUGUCAAUCGUUUGACCUUUGAUGUAUUCACUUCAUUACUGUUUUGUUGCCAAAAAUGAGAAAUUAUUGUCUUCUCUUCCUAUUACAUAUUGUGCCAAGGGUUAGAAAAUGUGUCUACUUCUAGUACCACAGAAUUCACCACAUCCCUUGUCUACUUUUUAAGAAUCAGUAUAAAAAACAUGAUCUAUUAGGAUAAGGCUCGCAUCUAUGUAUUUUUUUGAAAAUUGGGCACUUACAAGCCUUCUGUAGACAUCUACCUGCCUGCUUCACUACUUGUCUGGAAUGCUGCCAUGGGGAGAUGCUGUUUACUCCCUCUUUGUCCUGAGUGGUGUUUGAGAAAUGAGGCCUGUGAAUUUCCCUUUGUGGUAGUAUCGUGAACUCAACAGUAUCUCGGAGAAGCGUGCUGACCCCCUGGUCUCCACCCCCGUGUUGUCUACCCCUUCAGUGUUUGUUAUCUUACACUGGGAUCUGAGCAUUUUGUUUUCUGUUCGUAAUGCUCCUUGAUGUCAUAUGUGGCCCUUUUGGUUGGUUCUCUCCCACUGAGGGUCGCUUGGUAAAUAGCAGGCAGUAUGUGGAAUCUCCUGCCCACCCUUGUGUAAUAACUAUAUAACUAUACCUUCUUCGUGAAAUUCUGCAACUGGAUGGAUAAUUUCAAGUGUCCUCUGUCCAGACACAUGUGCUUAAAGAUGUCUGCAAAAUUUUAGACAUUUUUGCAAAAGGGAAAAAAUAGUCUUGUAAAUGCUGAAACAGAUUUCCAUGAACUUUAUCCUACUCUUGGAAAAAAAAAUUCUCCUUGGCUGUAGAAUCAGAAAGGAUUGGUUUGCAAUACCAAGGCCAUAAAUGAAGAUGGAUUAUGGAAAAAUUCUGUCUCACAAGUAAUCACUGACGUCUGCCAGAGGUCAUUACAGCUACUUUUAACUGUGAACAUUCACCAGCUGAGCUACUCACCUGCCACAACCAAGUAACCUCUCUCAAAGUAAAUCCAAUACAUCUAAACAACAAAAACUCCUGAAACAUUACUUUUAGCUGUUAGGUAGGUCAAGGUGAUGAUAAUUAUGAAAGACAUUCAAAUAAUCACAGAUGUUGGUGAAAUGACUGUGGGGGCCAGAAUGGUGCAACAAGGUCUGAAUUAUGAGGAACUUUUUUAAGACUUGGAUAUCUCAGAUGUAAUCAUGAUAAAAAAUACUGUUGAAUAUGAAACUGGAGACAAGCAAUAAUGUUUCAGAAAGAGGCCAUUAUACCAGCAAAUGCAUCUGUAAUGGGCACGCCGUUAUAUAACUAUGGUUUGCUCUAUAAAGACUGACUGUAACAUACAGGGUAAAAUAAAAGUAAAAUAUAAAAUAAAAAGUAAACUUUCUGUUUCCUUCCUGGAGAAACUUGUUUAGGAGCUCCUUAAAGAGGUACAGCACUAGUGAGCAUUAGUAGAGAUACAAUUAACGCUCCUGUUUUCAUGCUAGUCAAGACAAAAGAGGAGCCACAAAAAAGUCUUGCUGGCUUAAAACUCAAGACAGGUCCAACCAGAAAUUUCAUUGAAAUGGAGGGGCAAAACUUAAGGUAAUUACUCUUCUUGGACACAAGCAUGUAGGAAAGUAAUUUAAUUAACUCUGCCCAGAGGAUUGCCAGCCUUAGCUAUGAAAAAUGGGCUCCCAUAUGUAAAAUAACUAAAAUGUGAGUAUUUGUAUCAAAAAGAGGCUUGAGUAACACCUUACAGAAAAUGAUGUUCCAGAUGGAUACUUCUAAAUACUAAUUCUUCAUCAAGUAUCUUCUGGGUACAAGUUCAAAAUUAAUUGGCUGAAAAACAGUAGGAAUAAAAAUCACCUAUCUUACAGUGUAGAACUAAAGACAGUGAUCAACCAACAUAGCAAUAAUUCCCGAACCGCAGUGAUUUAAGUGUAUUAGAGAGAAUUAAAUGGGAGAGAAAUGCUAACUUCUUUCUUAAUCUCUUAAAUAUGGAGAUACCACCCGUUUAUUUCUGGUGUGAAAAUUAUAGCUUGCUUUUUGACAUUGCUGCUAGUAUUAUUCUGUUACCUUAAAAGUUAAAUUAUCUGUUCUUUAGAGAAACUUCUAAGCAGUUAAACAAUUUUUUUCCAAUUCGUAUCAUUGCUUUUAAUAACAUGUAGAGGCUGCAUGUUAUUAGUAGUAAUAGUAGAGCAAACUAUUUUGAAUGAGUUAGAAGGGGGUUACCCAUAUUAAUCAGUAUCCUUAAUAAUUUCAAUUUACGUUCUUAACAUUUAUUGUAGACUUACAUCUUUGAGUAAAGUAUUUUAUGUAAUGUUUUCCAUCAUGUCUGUAAGAGAUCCUAGUAAAUCAGGACAUUGCAGUAUUAGAGUCAUACUCCCCAAACCCCAGAGGAUAGGAGAGACUUAUUUCAUUGUUGUUCUAAGGGCGUCUGGAGAUAUUUUUAAUUGAGGUGAGAAAAGGCCAACAUAGCCUGAAAACUCAAGAAAAAUAUAUACUAGCAAUUACUACAAUCUAAAUGUAUUUAUCUCUGCUGUAACUGAUGUGUGAAUAGUAUAUUGUGCAUAAUACUGUAGCUGGUUGUGGUAUAUCAAUUCAUCCUGUAAGUGUGUACAGUCUGUAAAUGAUUGGUUUUCCCUAUUUUUACGUGUAGAAAAAAUAGCUUGCUGUAUGCCAUUUAAAGACCAAUUUCUGUCAUCAAGUAGGCACGUAUUCAAAAGUGAAUAAAGCCAACGUAUGUGUUCACAUGUAUGCACUAACAGAAUUUGUCCUUUCAUUUUUGAAGAUCGGAAAGGGCUGUUUUUGUUUUGUUUUGCUCUGCCUUUUUUAUCAUCUCCUUGAGUAGAUGGCAUAAUUAUCACAAAGGCUGAAUAUAGUCAUCAGUACCUUGGCAUGUUACUAAAUAUGCCAGGGCUCACACCGUUAGUCACGGGUAAGGUCAGUUCUUUGACCGCUGGGAUAAUUGACAUUCCUCACACAUCCUCUCUGUGUUAAGUGUGUGACUAGGAUGUACAUACUAUGGGUGUGAUUGUGUACAUACCUUGUAUGAAUUAUCUAAAUUCUCAAAGCCGUUGCAGGAAAGCAGGAAAAAUAAAUAAUUGUUCAAAAGCCUCAAAAGGGCUAAUCAAAAUGUAUUUUUCUUUUCUACACACAAAAAUGUAUACAUAGCAUAACUGUAAAUAGCUUGUCCACAUAUAUAUGCACAUAAAAAUGCAUCAUAUUUAUAGUGGUUAUGCAAAUAAAUCACAAAUCAAAACGACCAAUUGAAAGCUACGUCUUUCCAUGACUGUUGUGUUUUACAAAUGUUAAUAUUGGAUCAGAUGCUCGUUAUUAAAUGGUGUUACUUCUUAGUAGCAGAUCUCAUGCUUGGGAAAGCCCAGCCACUCUAGGCUACAAAAAUCUAGGUAGCAUUUAUAAUGAAGCACAGACUGGUACCCACACAGCUUCAAAGUAUUAAUACUAUUGUUUAAGCACCUAACUUUAUAUCUGGAAAUGGCAAAUAGUGACGAAAACCAAGUGUGUGCUAGAGAUUCCAUUUGGACAUUUAUUAGCACACUGACUUGCACAAACAAAUAAAAACCCUACUUUUUUAUUUUUGGAGGUGUAUCUCUAGAUUUCAAAAGGGUGCAUAAUCACUCAAAGUAGAAAAUUAUUACAGGCAUUCUUCUCUUGAAAUCAGCAAAACAGUGCUUACCAACACCAAAAAGAAGUCAAAGAUUAAAAUGGAAAAAAAAAUUACUGAUGACGUUGGUAGGAUAUUAGGGUAACAACAAUUGGGAGUUUAUUAAGAUGAAUUCAAACAAGAAAUUAAUAUUACUGGUAACGUGUUAUGUGGACUUGAUCACACACUUUGCCAGUUUAUCACAAUUCUAAUCAGAGAAUUGAUGUUCAAAUCUCUCUCAUUUCUUGUCAAAAGAAAUGCUCUAUUAGGGAUCAAAAAGUUUGCUAUGGUUCCUAAAAUCUCAUGUGAUUUGACCCUGGUUCUUUGACACUAAAAACCAUGUUGGCUGAGUAUCGGGUUGAAGAUGUGAAUGGAAAUACCAGAAUCACCUCUUCAUAAGGAAUUCCAUUUGGCAAAGUAAAAUCACUUCUCAAUAUAAGGUUAAGAGUAACAUUUAAAUACAUAUUCAUGUUUUAGAGAAUGAAUGUGCCAUAACUGUCUUAGAUUAAAAGGUUAACCAACUAUAAGGAUACUACAAUUACAACUACAGCUCGCAGUGUUUUUUAACAACUAAAAUCAUACAUGUUUAACUACAGCAUACCUGGUAUCUUGAUGUUUGUCAGUAUUUACUGUUGCUUAAAUCAUAAAUUUAUGUAGUUAAAAAUUUUGGAUGACGUGUAUUAAUGUAAAUGACACCCCGAAAAAUUUUAACUGUCAAUAUGAGAAUCAUUUAUGUGAGUAAAUACUCAGCUGAGGAAGACCAAAAGUAUAGUGUAUUAUUAAAUCACUGAAGAAACAGUAAUGUUCAAAAUGAAAAGCCCAUUUAUGUGUCUUUUCAUAAUGUCUAUAUACAAAGGUCAUGAAAUGGUUUAUUUCAGAAAGUUCCCAUCUUCCACUUUUGACCAAUAAAAUUUCAUUUCCUAGAAAAUAAAAAAAUGAAAUGUUAUGACUUUUACAAGGAUAGGUAAAGAUUUUAGGAUUUCAUAUGCUUGCACCUUUAUUUUGAAUUUGAUUUUUGAACGGAUGUUAAAAAAUCCUGAAAUUUAAUCUAUGACUUAGUUUUACCCUCAGAAAAUUUAGAAUAUGAUUUUUUUGCAUCUCACUUUCCGUAAUAAACAUA